AUUAGCAAAUUCAGAUAUUUCCAGAAAAUCGAAGGGCGCGUUUCGGCCAUUACAGGAAAACCAUUUAUUUAAAAAAUCAAAUAAAACUCACUCCAUAGCUAUCAAUUGCUUUACUGUCAAAACCGAAGGCAGGAAAAACAUUUGAUCAUUUCAGUAGGUUUGAUUUGAUUUUGUUGUGUGGUACCGACAUGUAAGAUAUAAGAAAGCAGGUAGCAACGUCCUACACCAUAGAAUCUGAAGAUCGAGUUAUGGCAGCUGAAGAUACUGAUGUUGUUCCUCUGCUCACCCCCCACAAGAUGGGGGAAUUCACACUCUCCCACAGAAUAGUAUUAGCACCAUUAACCAGAGCUCGGUCAUACGACACCGUUCCACAGCCGCAUGCUGCCUUGUAUUACUCCCAGCGAGCAACCAAAGGCGGCCUCCUCAUCACUGAAGCAACAAUUGUAUCAGAUACUGCCAAAGGGUUCCCAGAUACACCUGGAAUCUGGACUAAGGAACAUGUGGAGGCAUGGCAGCCUAUAGUGGAUGCAGUCCAUCAAAAGGGUGCUGUUUUCUUCCUGCAGUUGUGGCAUGUUGGCCGUGCCUCCACUUAUGAUUACCAGCCAGGCGGCCAAGCUCCAGUCUCAUCAACAAACAAGGGAUUGACCCCUGGCUUAGAAGGAGUAGAUUGGUCUCCUCCCAGAAAACUAACCACCGAAGAAAUCCGUGGUGUCGUCACCGAUUUCAGGGUGGCUGCUCGCAACGCUAUGGAAGCAGGAUUCGACGGAGUCGAGAUGCACGGCGCCAACGGCUACUUACUGGAGCAGUUCAUGAAGGAUCAAGUGAACGACAGGGCAGACGAAUACGGCGGCAGCCUCGAGAAGAGGUGCCGCUUCGCUCUGGAGGUGGCGGCGGCGGUGAUCGACGAGAUAGGAUCGCACAGAGUGGGGAUGAGGCUGUCUCCAUACUCCGAUUACAACGAGUCAGUGGACUCGGAUCCAGACGGCCUCGGGCUCUACAUGGCCAACGCGCUCAGCGAGCUCGACCUCGUGUACCUCCACGUCAUCGAGCCGCGAGCUGUUGGCGCGACGGUGAUCGAAGGGUGUGCCGAAGGUCAGCUCCUCCCCAUGAGGAAGGCCUUCGGCAACACCUUCAUCGCUGCCGGUGGCUUCGACAGGGCUAAGGGGAAUUCCGCUAUAGAUGAUGGCGCCGCCGAUUUGGUGGCGUACGGCCGCCUCUUCUUGGCGAAUCCGGAUUUGCCGGAGAGGUAUCGCUUGGAUGCGCCGCUUAACAAGUAUGAUAGGAACACUUUCUACACUUGUCAUCCUGUGAUUGGUUACACUGAUUAUCCAUUUCUUCAACAAGCAUUAUAGUCUAGCUAUGCUUAGUUUUCACCCAAUCCCCAAUAACGAAACACUACAUGAUGUUAUGAGUGUGCUGUUGAAUGUUUCCAAAUGAUAUAUAAAUAUAUGUGUGUGAGAUUAAUUAUUGUGUUUGGUAAUGGCUUCGCCAAGUUACUGUUUGUAAUAUUACCUUUAUUUGGUCAUUAUUGAAAGAUGGUCGUGAUUCAUCGCUCAC